AUGGCAAACUAUAUGGGCCAUGAUAUUACAGUGCAUCGAUCAUUCUAUAGAUUGCCUGAAGACACUUUGCAAGUAGCAAAAAUGGGAAAGCUUCUAUGGUCAUUUGACAACGGGACCAUUGGAAAGUAUAGUGGGAAGUCUCUCAACGAUAUCACCAUUGAAGAUAUUGAACAAAGCACUGUACAUGAGAGUGAUGACAAUACUGAUUCUGAUGACAUGGAUGAUGAACAAGAUGAGAGUAAUGAGCCAGAACCAGAAACAAUGGAGAGGUUGCAGGAAAUCAGGCAAAAAAGGGAGAACACGCCCGCUGACAGAAAAAUUCAACGCCUGACAGAGGAACAGACAACCACCUUACGUAAGAAUUUCCAAUCAAACAUAACAUUCAGAAGAGAACUGAAAAGGUUUGAAUGUGAAAAGGCCAUCUCAAAACAUCUGUGUCUGAAAGAUCUUUCUUGGAAAAAGGUGAAAAACACAGUCCAUAACUGGAUUGUUGGAGAAAAAAGAAAAACAGCCAGUCUGCUUAAAAAGAAAUGA